AUGGCAGCUGCGGCGGCAGCAGCUGCAGCGCAGCAGCAGGACAAGUCGCAGAUUCCGCGGCCUUACAAGUGCCCACUGUGCCCGCGUGCUUUCUAUCGCCUCGAGCAUCAGACGCGGCACAUUCGCACGCAUACAGGCGAGAAACCGCACGCUUGCACACAUCCCGGCUGCGAAAAACGCUUUAGCCGCAGCGACGAGCUGACGCGUCAUGUCCGCAUCCAC